ACCGGCUAGAGGGGCGGGGUGAGACAGCCGAGCUCUAACGUCUGAGCUGCCGCCGGCGCCGCACGUCCACGGCUGGGGCAGAAGGCCGGGCUGGGUGCUCGUGCGCGCGGAGCUCCGCUCCGGGUUGCGGCGGGUGAGAAGCCGGUGUCCAGUCCCGACGCCGACGGUGCAUCCCCACGGAAGCCUCGGUGCGCUCUGGGCGCCGCGGUGUGAGCGUGGAAGGCUGGCGGGAACGGAUCCGCGCCUCCCGGGGCUGCUCCGGAGAUCCUCCAGGUCUUAGCAACCCUUCGAGGGUAAAGGAUUAUGGUCUGAGGACGAUACAACCAGGAAGCCUGUCAGGUUCCAACAGUUUCCUCACCAGAAGCUGCCACCCCCAGUCAGGCCGGCGCCAUCAUGCCUCAGCAGCUCCUCAUCACGCUGGCCACUGAGGCCAGCCCCUGGGUGACAUUGGACCAUCCCAGGAAGACCAAGGAGGAGGUGUCCCUGUGGGAAGAUGUGACAAAAAUAUUUGAAGAAGAAGCUCUGCUAUCCCAUGAUGCUGACGGAGCGACCCCUGGCGUCCCUGCAGCAGAAUCCCAGGAACCGUUGACUUUCAAGGACAUAGCUGUGGACUUAUCCCAGGAGGAAUGGGGGCAGCUGGCUCCUGCAUACCGGGAUUUGUACCGGGAGGUGAUGCUGGAGAACUACAGAAACCUGGUGUCAGUGGGAUGUCAACUUCCCAAGCCUACUGUGAUUUCCCAGUUGGAGAAAGGAGAGGGACCGUGGACAGCAGAGAGUCAAGGCCCAGAGGAUCCCAUUUUAGAUGUGAACAAUAAACUAGAAACCAGGGAGUCGACUGCAGAGGACGACAUUUCCAUCAAACUCCAUCAUGGCAUCAUGAGGGGGAGGCUGAUAGAAGAUGAUACAGUUUGUUCUCCAUUGAAAACAGCCUCCAACUACAGUGAUACCUUAGAAAGGUACCGGGAAGCCUGUGGGAAAGGCACGAGACAAGCCAUUUGCACCCACAGAAAGAAACACCAAGAAGCGAACAAAUUGGAAAACCCAGAGAGUUCCAGUGUUAUUUUCGAACAGAAGCACUGUAAAUAUGAACCAGGCAGAAAGAGGAACAGAUACAAAUCCGAUUCAAUUAAUCAUCCAGUGAGCUGCAUGGGAACCAGAAGGUACCCAUGUAACAUAUGUGAAAAAAUGUUCAAACAGCCCAUUCACCUGACCGAGCACAUGAGAAUUCAUACCGGUGAGAAACCGUUCAGGUGCAAGGAGUGUGGGAGGGCUUUCAGUCAGAGCGCAUCUCUGAGUACACACCAGAGAAUCCACACUGGCGAGAAGCCCUUCCAGUGUGAGGAGUGCAGCAAAGCCUUCCGGCACCGCUCGUCCCUAAACCAGCACCGCAGGACCCACACCGGAGAGAGACCCUUCUCCUGUGAUAAAUGUCAGAAAGCUUUCAGCCAGAACAUCAGCUUGGUCCAGCAUUUGAGGACUCAUUCUGGAGAGAAGCCCUUUAGCUGCAGUGAAUGUGGGAAGCCCUUUCGACAGAUUAGACACCUUAGUGAACACGUGAGAAUUCACACCGGGGAGAAGCCCUACAAAUGCACUUCCUGCUGUAAAACGUUCAGUCAUCGAGCGUAUCUCACACAUCACCAGCGAAUCCACACUGGGGAGAGACCCUACAAAUGUAAGGAGUGCGGGAAAGCCUUCAGGCAGAGGAUACACCUUAGCAACCAUAAGACUGUCCACACAGGGGAGAAAGCGUAUGAGUGUGACCGCUGCGGGAAAGCCUACCGGCACGAUUCAUCCUUUAAGAAACACCAGAGACAUCACACCGGAGAAAAGCCUUAUGAAUGUAAUGAGUGUGGGAAGUCCUUCAGCUACAACUCAUCCCUGAGCCGACACCAUAAAAUCCACAGGAGGAGCACUUUCCGAGAUGAUCCAGGACGGGAGAACAAAAGGCAGCUCUAGAUUGGUGAUUCUGAGCUUUGAAAUGUCAGGACUCAGAUAAUCUUGAGAAACUGAUAACGGUGGCAACUUUUGAUGUUGCCAAGAGAGUAAAUAAAUGCUCUGUUGAUGACUACUGUCUGACACUUACAUAAAAUGAUAAAUUAAGCAUUAUGAAAAUUGCACAAUUAUUUUUUCUCAUUUCAUGAUAAAUGAAUACAUUAUUUCUUACGAA